UCCGUGUCUCGUUGUAUCGGCAUCAGUCGUCCUGAAAGCCUCUAAGAUGUUCAAGUUUGUGUUGUGCGCCCUGUUCGCCGCCGCGGUCGCCGAGCCGCAAUUCCUCUAUACUCCGUACUCGGAGUCAUACAUCGCCCCGGCGACCACCACCGUCACCAAGCACGCCAGCAGCGUCGUCACCUCCCCCUACUACUCCUCUUUAGCCUACGAGGUCCCGCACUUCAUCAAGAAACGUGAAGCUCAAUUCAUCCCGAGCGCUGUGGUGCCUACAACCUACUUAAACAACUGGGCGACUCCUUACAACUACUGGAACUCCAAUGCUUACCUUCCUUACGCGUCAGCGCUGAACACUCACUUGAUCAAGAAGAGGUCCGCCGGUCUCAUCUCGCACGCCAGUUACAUCACUCCUUACAGCUCCUACAUCGCCCCCGGUGCCUUGACCUACUCCUCCGGUUUGUACCAAGGUAACCCUCUGUACUCCUCCUACAUCGCUCCCGCUCAUUUCAUCAAGAAGAGGUCAGCUCAGUGGGCCACUCCCUACCUCGCAGCUCCGAUUGCAUCCACCUACGUGGCGUCGUCCCCUCUCGCAACCUCGUACUCCACGGCCGUUCUCCCCGGUACCUCUUACUGGUCCGGUUACGGUGCUUUCCCCUACAUCAAGAAGUAAGAAGCUUUAACAGUUUAACGACUCAAACGACCACGACCUAACGUUUGUACAGACAUGACAUUUUUUUUGUAAAU